ACAAGGUCAAGAAAACGUGUUUCUCUCCACCUCCACUCGACAAUUCCUCCACAUUUCCAUUCCUACUGAGGACUUCUUCCAUCCUGACAAGAGCUAAAGCCUCACAGAGACUGACUAAAGCCACACACCAAACCUCCAGCAUGGAAAAUGUGUUACAAGACCCUGACUCCAGAAAAAGGAGAAUCUCUGCACGCCAGGCAGAGGGCGUGAAGAGGCGUGCAGCCUGGUGUCCUUGCUGCAGGGACGACCAGGUGCCGCAUUUAAAGCGAAAGCGCCCGCACUCUGCUGCCUGUGGCGAACGUCCCCAGAAGAGGAAGCGGACCUCCGUGGCCCGCCCUCCUAAACCUUCUGCUGGGAAUCCAGCUUCUGAGGUGUCGAACUGGGAUCCUUCUCCCCAGCCUUCCACCCCAGAUGUUGAGAUCGCAGGGUCAUCGGGUUUGGUCCCACAGCUUGAGGCCACCAUCUUGCCAGCUGACCUGCCGGUGGCGUCCACCGCGGCCCCCGGCCUCCAGCUCUCCUCUGCGCCCCUGCACCACGACGAGCCUGCUGAGAAUCCAGCUUCUGAGGUGUCGAACUGGGGUCUAUCUCCCCAGCCUUCCACCCCAGCUGUUGAGAUCGCAGGGUCAUCGGGUUUGGUCCCGCAGCUUGAGGCCACCAUCUUGCCAGCUGACCUGCCGGUGGCGUCCACCGCGGCCCCCAGCCUCCAGCUCUCCUCUGCGCCCCUGCACCACGACGGGCCUCUGAAGAUCCACAACCGCUCUGUGGAAGAGUACCAGCAGCUCUACCACGAGGUUGUAGAUGAUAUGCUAAGGUACAAGAACGGCCGCCAGCGUCCGUACAGUUUAAACCUGGGACGUUGCAUCAAGCAGAAGCUGUGGGAGAGACUGGACCGUCCCACGUUCACUGAGACGGUCGGUGAAGACGGCCGGGUGCACGUGGACGUCUCCUAUGGGGUCGGAGUCUAUCCUCCUCUUUAUGAUGUGGACAUAUCGGGAGAACCCAAGCCCGUCACCCCCCCCCAAAGAAAAGAGCUAGAAAAUAAGUCCUUGUUAUAGUUCAACAAGGUCAAAUCUCUACAUAAUGCUGGAGAUUCAGUUAAAAUAUCGUAGUUUUAAGUUAAGUAGGCCUAUAGUAGUUGUAAGUUACGUAUUGUAGUUUUAAGUUAAGUGUUAAGUUAAGUAUUGUAGUUUUAAGUUAAGUUUCAUAGUUUUAAGUUAAGUAUUUUAGUUGUAAGUUAGGUAUUGUAGUUUUAAGUUAAGUG